AUGUCAAUAUUGAAACAUCGUGAACUUAAACUUAGUCAAGAAGAAGUGGCAAAAGUGGAAGCACAAUUACUUAUAUUACGCAAGUUCUUUGAAAUACCCAAUGACGUUAAGUUGGAUAGAGAACCAAAUGAAUUCACCGCAAAAUAUUUUGAUCUAUUGAAUAAAUCCAUUGCCAUCACAUAUAAAAACAUCAAAAAAGUUCACAACAUCAACAACAACAACAAUAAUAAUAAUAAUAAUAAUAAUAAUAAUAAUAAUAAUACUAAUAAUAAUAACAAUAAUAAUGAUAAUGGUGAGAGUGGCGCAUUAAGCAGACCAUAUAGUCCUAGUCCAGACACUCCAGAUGAAGAAGGACAACGAAAUAUGUUUAAUUCGAAUUUUGUUAACAAUUUCCAAGUUCCUCCAGCUCAUAGAACUCGACUGACCAUGUCAUCUUUAAGACCUUCAUCAUAUAAUACACCAAUCCCAGGACAAGGAUGUUCCCAACAGACAUCAGGAUGUCUUUAUCGAAGGAGCGAUGGAAUCAUAGUUAAACUUACAUGUCCUGAUUGCCAACGAACCAACUUUUCAAGUGCACAAGGGUUUUUAAAUCACAGUAGAAUAGCACAUGGGAAGGAAUAUAUUAGUCAAGAUGCUGCCGCAUUAAAAUGUGGAGAGGUUUUACCAAUAAUCGAACAAGAUGAACGAGGAAUUACCAGUUUGCAAGCAUUGGAACAAAGAGGAGUGGAUGCCAAUACUACGUUGAAUGUAUUAGAAAUUAGUUUUGAAGAUCAUUAUAAAGUUGGAAGCUCGUAUGCAAAAGUCGAGGAUAAGAGUGGAGGCAGUAUUACACAAGGUGAUGUCAAAGGUACUGGAGGGAUAACAGAGGAAGGAUUACAAUUGUACAAAGAGAAUCAGGAGUUGAUGAAACAAUUGAUAGCCAAGGGAGUUAUAAAAAACCAAAAGGAAGGAGAGAUUUUGAUACAAGAAACAACGACUCCUGUGAUUAAUCUGCAUUUGUUCAAUGACGAAAGUGAAAUUUAUGAGGACACAAAUAAUAAUACUACUCCCUCUGUACAGCCCAAACCAAAUCAUAAUAAUCAUAAUACUAAUAAUAAACAUAGUAGGACGUCAUCAUGGGAGGCCAAGGUUAUGGACACCAAGGAGAGUAGUAGCAUUAAUAAGCAUGGGGGUGCAGAUGUCAGGCAGCAACUAAGUGGAGGAGGAGGAGGAGGUGGCAAUGAUAGUUGCAUCAGUGAUACAGAUUCGAUUGCAGCAGUCGUAGCCAAACGAAGAAAGAGUCGGGGUGGGAUUAAUAUAAGGAUGACAUAA